GAGAUGAAAGAAAGUGCCCAGCAAGUCUUCGAUGGCUGGGGUAGCACGAAGAGGAUGUCCACAGUUAUGGCAGCGAUGGAGGAGCUGCCGAAGCGCGUUGGUGAAGACAUGCAUAAGAUGGUCAGUCACGUGGUGGACUCGGUGCAGACUGAGAUCAACGAGGUCAGGGAGGUAAUCCGUGACGAAUCAGAUGAAAAGGUCACGGGUAGCACCAAGGUGGUCAGGCAUCUUGAGGUCAUCCCCACGAUGGUGGUGAAUCUUCUCGAGUCUCGCGUGGAGAAAGCCAAGGCAGAGGUCAAAAAGAAGGUGGGCGGCAUGAUCCUGCAGCUGAGCGCGAUCCAGGAGACCAACGAGAAUGACGAGGAGCUUGCCGAACAGAUGCAGGUCAUGUCUUCGGAAGUCGCCCAAAUCGCCGGGGCAGCCGUUGAGGCAGCCACCCAGGAAUGCCGUGCCCACGCCUCCCAGCAGCUGGACAUC